AUGACAGAACUAAUCUUAAACAUAGAUGGAAAAAUUCCCGAGUCCAGGGAGCGACGAAAUAUCAACCAGAGAGUAAAGUUGAGAGCAGAUCUUAUGUUAUAUAGGAACGUUCCUGGCAGACCAUCAAGACCGGUAGAAUUUGAAGGUUCUAACUCAGAUAAACCAAGUUCGAUAUCAUUAAUAGAAAAGGUUAAAGUAAGAGAAAGAAAUAUCAGAAAAAAAUAUUUUAGCGGGUAUAAUACAUGA